AUGACCGAGGUCCAGCCUCGCGAGAUCAAAAUCUUGGAGACAGCAGAAGAUAUCCAGAAUAGAAGAGAAGAAGUGUUAAGUAGAUAUUCAAAUUUCAAAUUAAAUUGUAAAGACAGGCGAGAGAAACUUGAAGAUUCACGAAGAUAUCAAUAUUUCAAACGAGAUGCAGACGAACUGGAAAGUUGGAUUCUGGAGAAAUUACAGACAGCUUCUGAUGAAAGCUACAAAGAUCCUACCAAUCUUCAGGCCAAAAUACAGAAGCAUCAAGCUUUCGAGGCAGAAGUAGCCGCUCAUGCUAAUGCUAUAGAGAUCCUAGACCAAACUGGAAAUGAAAUGAUCAACCAACAGCAUUUUGCUUCACAAGUUAUUAAGGAAAGACUAGAUGAACUAUGGAGAUUAUGGAAGCUGUUAAUAUCCAAGUUGAAUGAUAAAGGUACUAAGUUAAAACAAGCUUUACGUCUGGUUCAGUUCACUAGAGAAUGUGAUGAGGUUAUGUUCUGGAUUCAUGAUAAGGAAGCAUUUGUAUCAUCUGAAGAGUUUGGAAUUGAUUUGGAACAUGUUGAAGUCUUACAGAAGAAGUUUGAUGAGUUCCAAAAGGAUUUAUCUAACCAUGAAGAUAAAGUAACAGAAGUCAACAAGCUCGCUGAACAACUGUUAGUAGAAGAACAUCCUGAUGAAGAGACUAUUAGAGCCAGACAACAGGAAGUAAAUGAAGCUUGGCAGAGACUGAAAUCUCAAUCUUUGACUAGACAGGAGAGAUUAUUUGGUGCCCAUGAAAUACAGAGAUUUAACAGAGAUGCUGAUGAGACGAUUGCCUGGAUUCAAGAGAAAGAUACAGUACUAUCAUCUGAUGAUUAUGGUCGAGAUCUAGCUAGUGUUCAGGCUCUACAACGUAAACAUGAAGGUGUAGAACGUGAUCUAGCUGCUCUGGAAGAGAAAGUAACUGUAUUGGGAUCAGAGUCUAAACGUCUUGUAGAAACACACCCUGAACAAUCUUCACAAAUUAAAAACAAACAGGAAGAAAUUGACAGUAACUGGGCUAAACUUAAAUCUAAGGGAUUUGAUCGUAAAAACAGACUAGAUGAUUCCUACAAUCUACAUCGUUUCUUGGCUGAUUUCCGAGAUCUGGUGUCAUGGAUACAUGAUAUGAAAGCUAUUAUAUCUGCUGAUGAGUUGGCUAAGGAUGUAGCUGGAGCAGAAGCUUUGUUAGAGAGACACCAAGAACACAAGGGAGAAAUUGAUGCUCGUGAAGAUAGUUUUAAAUCUACAGCUGAAGCUGGUCAAAGAUUGGUUGAAUCUAAUCAUUAUGCUGCAGAUGAGGCCAGAGAAAAGUUACAAACUCUGGCCACAGAGAAGAAGACUCUAAUGGAAUUAUGGGAAGAAAGACGUAUUUUGUAUGAACAAUGUAUGGAUUUACAACUAUAUAUUAGAGAUACAGAACAAGCUGAUGCCUGGAUGACAAAACAAGAAGCAUUCCUUGCUAAUGAAGAUUUAGGUGAUUCAUUAGACAGUGUAGAGGCUCUGAUCAAGAAACAUAAUGAUUUUGAGAAAUCUCUGGCUGCUCAAGAAGAGAAGAUUAAGGGACUAGAUGAGUUUGCUACUAAGCUGAUAGAAAGUGAACAUUAUUCUGCUGAUGAUGUAGAUGCUAGACGUAAUCAGUUGUUACAGAGAAGAUCAUUAUUACACGAGAGAGCUACGAAGAGAAGACAUCAACUGGAAGCUUCUCUACAAUGGCACAUCUUUGAACGUGAUUGUGAUGAAACUAAAGGCUGGAUCAAUGAAAAACUUAAAACUGCCUCAGAUGAAAGUUACUUGGAUCCUACCAAUCUUACCACCAAGUUACAGAAACACCAGAAUUUUGAGUCUGAAUUAGAUGCUAACAAGAAUCGUAUUAGUACUAUCAAGACUACAGGACAAGAACUCAUAGAUAACGAUCAUUUCGCCAAACGACAAAUAACUGAACGAGUUGAAGAGAUAGAACGAUUGUGGAAUACACUUCUUCAACAAACAGAGAAAAAAGGUAACAAGUUGAAACAAGCCAGAAAUCAACAGAAUUUUAACCGAAAUGUUGAAGAUGUUGAUUCAUGGUUAAGAGAUAUUGAAGGUCAAAUAGGUUCAGAAGAUUUCGGAAAGGAUUUAACCAGUGUACAGAAUUUACAGAAGAAACAUCAAUUAAUAGAGGCUGAUGUACAGGCCCAUCAGGACCGAAUUGAAUCUCUAUCUCAUAUGGCUAAUGCUUUUAAAGAUGAGGAUCAUUUUGAUUCUGAUACUAUUGUGGCUAAGAAAGUACAACUGGUGGAAAGAUACCAGAAAAUUAAGGCUCCCAUGGUAGACAGACAGAAGAAAUUAGAUGAUGCUAAAAGAUUACAACAAUUUCAACGUGAUAUAGCUGAUGAAGAAGACUGGAUUAGGGAAAAGGAACCCAUUGCUGCUUCUACUAAUAGAGGACGAGAUCUUAUUGGUGUUCAGAAUCUAAUGAAGAAACAUCAAGCUCUACAAGCUGAAAUAGCUGGUCAUGAACCUAGAAUUAAUAAUGUCUGCCAACAUGGUCAAGCUAUGAUUAAAGAGGGUCACUUUGCCUCUAAAAACAUAGAUGAAAGUGUUGAACAGCUGAAUGAGAGAUGGCAACAACUAAAGGAUAAAUCUCUUCAAAGAAAACAAGAUUUAGAAGAUUCUCUACAAGCUCAACAAUAUUUUGCUGAUGCUAAUGAAGCCGAGUCAUGGAUGAAAGAAAAGGAACCAAUUGCUGCUAAUACUGAUUAUGGUAAAGAUGAAGAUUCUUCUGAGGCUUUAUUGAAGAAACAUGAAGCUUUCAUGUCAGAUUUAGAAGCUUAUAGAAGUGUUAUUGAAGGUUUGAGAGAACAGGCUUCAUCUUGUAAACAACAAGAAGCCCCAGUAAUAGAUGAUAUUGGUACAGAGAAGGUGGUAGCUCUGUAUGAUUAUGUUGAGAAGUCACCUAGAGAAGUUUCUAUGAAGAAGGGAGAUGUUCUAACUCUUCUUAACAGUGUCAAUAAGGAUUGGUGGAAGGUAGAAGUCAAUGAUAGACAAGGAUUUGUACCAGCAGCUUAUGUUAAAAAACUGGAUCCUAGUCUGUCUGCUAGCAGAAACAAUCUUAUGGAUGAAUUUACUAUUUCUGUUAGACAAAACCAAAUAGAAACACAGUACGCCAACUUACUAGACCUGGGUAACCAGAGAAGAGAUAAGCUAGGUGAAUCUAGUAAAGCCUAUCAACUAGUACGUGCUGCAGCUGAACUAGCUGCCUGGAUAACAGAGAAAGAAAACAGUAUGAUUGGUGGUGAGGUCGGUGAAGAUUUGGAACAAGUUGAAGAAAUGCAGAAGAAAUACAAUGACUUCCAGAAGGACCUGAAAGCUAAUGAAGCUAGAUUAGAAGAAUUAAACUCUAUAGCUGAUAGAUUAACUGCUAUGGGACAAACAGAAGCUGCUGAAAAGAUCAGAGAACAGAUUACUCAAUUGAAUCAAAGAUGGGUGACCUUACAGCAAGUAUCAGCUGAACGAGCUCAGACACUAGGUAGUGCUUUUGAAGUACAGAGAUACCAUAGAGAAGUUGAUGAAACUAAAGAUUGGAUCAAUGAGAAAGAUCAAGCAUUAAAUAAUGAUAAUUAUGGACAUGAUUUAGCCAGUGUCCAGGCCUUACAGAGGAAACACGAUGCCAUGGAGAGAGAUCUUGCUGCUCUAGGUGAAAAGGUUAUUGAAUUAGAUGAAAUGUCUAAGAGAUUAAUGCAGACCCACCCUGAUCAAGCUGAAACUAUCUAUGAACAUCAAACUGAGAUCAAUGAACAAUGGAAUAACCUGACAGCUAAAGCUGAUAAUCGUAAAGCUAAAUUAUUAGAUGCUUUAGAUUUACAGAGAUUCCUUAGUGAUUACAGAGAUCUUACAUCAUGGAUUAACAGUAUGAUGGCUCUAGUUUCCUCAGAUGAAUUAGCUAAAGACGUAACAGGAGCAGAGGCAUUAUUGGAACGCCAUCAGGAACAUCGGACAGAGAUUGAUGCCCGAGCUGGUACGUUCCAAGCUUUCGAACUUCUCGGCCAGCAACUGUUACAGAAUCAGCACUAUGCUAGUGAUGAUGUUCAGAAUAAAUUAGAAGAAUUAGCUAAGGCUAGAGAAGAAUUGGAACAAGCCUGGAUUUCUCGUCGUAAGAAGUUGGAUCAAUGUUUCGAACUACAGUUGUUCUAUCGUGAUUGUGAACAGGCUGAAUCCUGGAUGGCUGCUCGUGAAGCUUUCCUGGCUGGUGAUACAGUAGAUGGAGAUAAUGUAGAGACCCUGAUCAAGAAACAUGAAGAUUUUGAUAGAGCUAUCAAUUCACAAGAAGAGAAGAUUAAUUCUCUACAGGAGUUUGCUGAACAGUUGGUACAUUCUGAACAUUAUGAUGCUGAUGCUGUAAAUUUGAAGAGAGAUCAAGUUUUAGACAGAUGGUCUAAACUGAAGGAUGAUCUGAUUGAUAACCGAUCUAAACUUGGUGAAGCUCAGACUCUACAACAAUUCUCUCGUGAUGCUGAUGAGAUGGAGAACUGGUUACAAGAGAAAGUACAGAUAGCUAGUGAUGAAUCUUAUAAAGAUCCUACCAAUAUUCAGAGUAAACAUCAGAAACAUCAAGCUUUUGAAGCUGAAUUAGCUGCUAAUAGUGAAAGAUUACAAUCCUUACUGGGAACUGGACAGAAUUUAAUUGAUCAUAAACAGUGUGCAGGUUCAGAAGACGCUGUACAGAACAGAUUGGAAAGUCUAGCUACACAGUGGGAAGAUCUCGUUUCCAAGACAACAGAGAAAGGUGAAAAACUGAAAGAAGCUAAUAAACAACAGACUUAUAAUGCUGGUGUUAAAGAUAUUGAAUUCUGGCUAGGAGAGGUAGAACAAAUGUUAGCCUCAGAAGAUCAUGGUAAAGAUUUAGCUUCAGUUCAGAAUUUAUUGAAGAAACAUCAAUUAUUAGAAGCUGAUAUUACUGCUCAUGAGGAUAGAAUAAAAGACUUGAAUACCCAGGCUGAUCAGUUUGUAGAAGCUGGUAUAUGGGAUGCUGAGAAUAUAACAGAUAGAAAACAGACUAUCAAUGAAAGAUAUGAUCGUAUUAGAGAAUUUGCUGUAAGAAGACGUGGAGUUCUAAAUGAAGCUAACACUAUGCAUCAGUUCUUACGAGAUAUUGAUGAUGAGGAAGCUUGGAUUAAAGAGAAGAAAUUAUUGGUUGGAUCUGAAGAUUAUGGUCGAGAUUUAACUGGUGUACAGAAUCUUAGAAAGAAACAUAAACGUCUAGAGGCUGAGUUAGUCACUCAUGAACCUACCAUACAGGGAGUACAAGAGACAGGAGAACAGUUAAUAGCUGAUUCAGAUAUUGGAGCCAGUGAUAUCAGAGCUAGAUUAGAUCAACUUGAUAAAAACUGGAAAGAAUUAAAGAGUUCAGCACAAGAUAGGGGACAUAAAUUAGAACAGUCCUAUGCCUACCAACAGUUUAGUGCUAAUGUUGAAGAAGAAGAAGCCUGGAUAUCAGAGAAGCAACAUUUGCUAUCUGGAGAUGAUUUUGGUGACACAAUGGCUGCCGUUCAAGGUUUGAUAAAGAAACAUGAAGCUUUUGAAACUGAUUUCCAGGUCCACAGAGAUCGUUGUGUAGAAAUCAACAAAGAAGGAGAGAAACUCAUUGUUGAGGGUAACCACAAUGCUGAGAAUAUUAAACAGAAGAUUGGAGGUUUAGAAGAACAUCUGAAUAAUCUAGAUCAAGUGGCCAGCAAACGUAAAGCUAAUUUGGUGGAUAAUUCAGCAUUCUUACAAUUUAUUUGGAAGACUGAUGUAGUAGAGAGUUGGAUUGCUGAUAAAGAGACCCAAGUAAGAUCAGACGAUUUCGGUCGAGAUUUAUCUUCAGUACAAACUCUUCUCACCAAGCAAGAGACAUUUGAUGCUGGAUUAUCAGCGUUCGAGAAAGAAGGUAUUCAGACUAUCACAGCUCUUAAAGAUCAACUGGUACAAGCUAAACAUACUCAAACACCUACUAUUGAAAAACGUUUCAAUGAUGUUAUGGCUAGGUGGCAGAAACUGUUACAGGAUUCUGAGGCAAGAAAACAGAAAUUACUGUUACUACAAGAUCAGUACCGUCAAAUAGAAGAUCUGUAUCUUACCUUCGCUAAGAAAGCCUCUGCUUUUAAUAGUUGGUUUGAGAAUGCUGAAGAAGAUUUGACUGAUCCUGUUCGAUGUAAUUCUAUUGAAGAAAUUAAGGCAUUACGUGAAGCUCAUGACCAAUUUAAAGCCUCAUUGAGUGCUGCUCAAGCUGAUUUCAACCAACUUGCUGCUCUUGAUAAACAGAUUAAAGAAUUCCGUGUUGGACCCAAUCCUUAUACCUGGUUUACUAUGGAAGCAUUGGAGGAUACCUGGAAAAAUCUACAGAAGAUCAUUAAGGAAAGAGAUGGUGAUUUGGCUCGUGAAGAACAAAGACAACAAGAAAAUGAUCAGCUGAGACAGCAGUUUGCUAAAUCUGCUAAUGCUUUCCAUGGAUGGUUAACAGAAACAAGGAUGUGGUUAAUAACAGGAUCUGCUAUGAUGGAAGGAUCUGGUACUUUAGAAGAACAAUUAGAAGCAACUAAGCUGAAAGCAACAGAAGUCAGGGCACAGAAAGGUCAUCUAAAGAAGAUAGAAGAUUUAGGAGCUUCCAUGGAGGAACGAUUGAUCUUAGAUAACAGAUAUACUGAACACAGUACAGUAGGAUUAGCUCAACAAUGGGAUCAACUGGACCAGCUGUGUAUGAGAAUGCAACAUAACCUAGAACAACAGAUAGCUGCUAGAAAUCGUAGUGGUGUAUCAGAGGAUGCUCUAAGAGAAUUCAGUAUGAUGUUCAAACAUUUUGAUAAAGAUAAGAGUGGUAAAUUAGAUCAUCAAGAGUUUAAAUCAUGUUUACGAGCUCUGGGUUAUGAUUUACCGAUGGUUGAAGAGGGACAAGUAGAUCCUGAGUUCCAGGCUAUAUUAGAUUUAGUUGAUCCUAACAGGGAUGGCUAUGUGUCGCUCCAGGAAUACAUGGCUUUUAUGAUCAGUCGCGAGACGGAGAAUGUCCAGUCCAGUUCAGAAGUGGAACAGGCUUUCAGAGCUCUCACAUCUGGAGAAAAACCAUAUAUUACAGCGCAAGAACUUUAUGCUAACCUAACAAGAGAACAAGCAGAUUACUGUAUAGCCCGAAUGAAACCCUAUGUUGAUAAAUCUGGUAGAACCAUUGCCGAUUCCUACGACUACGCAGACUUUACUCGUCAAUUAUUCGUUAAUUAGUGUUGUUCGUUAGUUCUCUAUUUUAAUCAUUAUUUAAUCAUUCUGCUAUAGAUCUGUUUAUUUUACUCUUCAAAUUAAUUGAAAGCUUCGGUGCACAGCUUUGAUUUAUUUUUGUGAGGAUUGGGUUAAGAUGAGGAAAGGGACGAAAUAGAAAGUUAUGGUUGAGGUUUAAACAAAAAAAUGUUAAAAGUUAGGAAAGAUUUCAGAUAGUAUCAGAUUAGGUUGUGAAUGUAUUUUUAGUGCAAUUUUAUACACCAUGCUUUUAUACUGUCAAAGUGCUACCAGUAUGUAUAUCUUUAACACUUUUCAAUAAUAAUAGUUCUACAAUUGAAAUAUUUCUCUUUCUAAAUCAUGAUAACCAUAAUAUGAAACCUAUUACAUCUUGUCAGUAAUAUAUAAACCUUCAAUGUUACAUUUUCUGUCAGUUAAAUCAUUUUUCUUCAAACAAUAAACAGUUUAUUGCUUA